GCUCCAUCCUCUGGCCCGACAUCCACUCCGCUGCUCGUCGGGGGACCGUCGGACGAGGACCGCGUUUCGUCGGUUUGUGCAACGUUUCCCGGUAUCCUUUUGUCAUGUAGGUACCAGGAAAAACGGAGUGACCAUGCAGAUCCUGACUCCUCACGUUUACUGGGCUCAGCGGCACGGAGAGAUUUUCCUCCGGGUGGAACUGAGCGAUGCCACGAACCUCGACAUCAGCCUGCAAGAAAACAACACACUUCAGUUCAGAGCACAGGGCCACGGAGCUAAAGGAGAUAAUGAGUACGAGUUCAGUUUGGAGUUCCUGGAACCUGUCAGACCUGAGAUCGACCAUAAGUCCACCCAGCGUCAGGUGGACAUCAAGAUCAAGAAGCAGGAGGAGCGCUGGUGGGACCGGCUGACGCUGCAGGAGAAGAAGCCUCUGUUUCUGGGUCCUGACUUCGACCGAUGGCUGGACGAGUCCGACGCCGAGAUGGAGCUUCAGGCUAAAGAGGAGGAGAAGAUAAACAAGAUACGCGUGGAGUCGAGAGUUCGUAAAGACCCCUACCUUGGUCUGAAGAAAGGCUACUUGUUUAUGUACAACCUUGUGCAGUUCCUGGGAUUCUCCUGGAUCUUUGUCAACAUGACUGUUCGACUCUUCAUCCUUGGUCAAGAUUCAUUCUAUGAUACUUUCCACACCAUGGCUGAUAUGAUGUAUUUCUGUCAGAUGAUGGCCGUGCUGGAGGUCAUUAAUCCCUUGUUGGGUCUGGUUAAGACUGGAUUUUUUCCCGCUAUGAUACAGGUGGCAGGGAGGAACGUCAUUCUGUUCGUCAUCUUCGGCAGCCUGGAGGAGAUGCAGAACAGACCUGUUGUCUUCUUCGUCUUCUACCUGUGGAGCACCAUUGAGAUCUUCAGGUACCCUUUCUACAUGCUGGCCUGCAUCGGCACAGACUGGAAGCUGUUAACGUGGCUGAGAUACAGCCUCUGGAUCCCUCUGUACCCGCUGGGGGUUGUAGCUGAAGCGGUUGCAGUGAUCCAGUCCCUGCCCGUCUUUGACGAGACCCGUCUGUUCAGCCUGCCCCUACCUGCGGUGCUGGGAACCUCUUUGAGCUUCUCCUACACUCUGCAGCUCUACCUGGUCAUCAUGUUUCUGGGGCUCUUCAUCAAUUUCCGACACCUGUACAAGCAGAGGAGGAGGCGAUACCGCCCGAGGAAAAGGAAAGUCCAGUAACUGAUCCGCACGUUUCCUUUGCACACACCCUGAACUGCCGUCCACUUCUUAAAGAUGAAGCAGCUGUUUUCAUUUCUACUUCUUGCCUUGUCUCAUCUUCCUACACACACAAUCCCACUGACCUGAUGGUGGGGCACUGGUCACCUUUUUCCUCCACCGGGUGAACUGUUUUCCGGGACCAAAUCCCGUACAUCCCACCGCACCAGCUCGACAGCUCACUGUUGAACAGACAUCACCUGGAAAGACUGUGCCGGUUUGAUCCAGUGCUGCUGUGAGUUUGAGUUGUUAUCAAGUUUAUUCCCUUGAAAAUAUCCUUUUUAAGGGAAUAAUCUUGAUAUAUUUAUCAGGACUUCCACGCCAGACGUGUCGGUCUUUAGUCACUGUCCAAGGUGGUGCACACAUUUUCCUUAUAUUUAUUAAUUUUGCUCUUGGGGAUACAAGAGUGUUUUUCACAGUUCACAAGGGUGAAAAGGAAUAAUGAAACCAUUGUUGGUAUUUUCAAUAAACUGCUGACCAGUAUGAAUCUUUGCAUUGUUAUGAAAAUGUUGGAGUAAUUUGGUUUAUCAUGGGAAAUAUAACAGUUGCUGUUAACAUGUGGGGUAGAAAAACCACUUAGAAGCUGUUCUGUGCACGAAAUUACUGCCACAGAGUUUUUGCUUUAUUUAUAUAUUUCACAUCAUUUGGAAACACUCACUUCCUUUUUUGUUCAAAAAUAAUAUUGUGACCCUCAAAACAGUUAUUUAAAACCUUUUUUUUUAAGGUUGCUUUAUGGUCUUUUUACCUAUUUAUUACAAAUCAGAAAUCUGUUGCAGUCAACACGUAAUCACCUUCGUGUUUUUGUGACAUUGUUGUUGCACCUUCAUGCACUUAAAAGCAGAUACAGUUUUACACUCUCUCUCUGUUG